AUGAAAACGUUUCCUUAUUCCGUGCCUUUUGCUCUUUUCUCUUGUAAAAUUUAUAAUCUUGCGUAUGUUUUUUUGUUGUCUUUUGGGAUGAGACGAAAUGUCAAAGUCACAGUUCAAAUUCUCAUGAAAAAAAAACUAAAAAAAUUCUCAGAUUCAAGUGGACAACUUGCACUUCUGCUUAUUGAUAUGACAAAUGAAAUAUUAUAA